AAAUAGGCGGAGCUGAAAGUAGGCGUGGCCGGACACAGCAAUGGAAAAUGGCGACCAUGAUGAAACUAUUGAGACACUUCAAUCUCCAAAUAUCUGGGAAGUCAUGGAAGAAUAUCAAAAAAGAAAAGGACCCAAAGUGGAGGAAUACCUCCAGAAUAACGAAGGAGCAGUGAGAGAAGCCCUCAACAACCAGACACAGGAGUUUACUCCUGAUCUUUUCGAAUGGCUGUACAAUGUCAGCUUGACUUCAAAAGAAAAUAAGAAACUCUUUAUUUUCGUGACUCAGUUUAUUCCUGAUCUGAUCUACAUAUAUUCUGUGUCUGCUACUAAUAACGACACAAAACUCAAGACAGCUAUUGAGGCUUUACUUUUAGGACUCAUAAAACUGGCUGAAAGUGAAAGAAAAUCUUCAAUACAAGUCCCCGAUAUGUCAAAACCAUCAAUAUACCAUCAAGUGACCAGUAGUCUGUCACCAUUAAGUCUUACUAUUGCUGCGCUGACUAGACACAAUCAAACUGAGAGUCCCUCCCCCCGCCCUCUCUUCUCUAGCAGUGACACUGUUACUGUCUCAAACAGGUUAUUGUUCUUAAGUACACUGGUUAUGAUGUGUACUGAAUGUAUUACUUUGUUUCCUGUCGUAUCUCAGAAGAUGUUUUGUAUUUCAUGCAUCAAAUAUGUAUGCAGAGGUAUGCACUCUCAGUUCGUUGGUGCUCUUAAAGAUUCCUGCAAUAAAGAUGGCUGCAUGUCAUUCACUGAUCUAACUCUACUAAGCAAAGAGAAACGUCUCAUGAUAAAUGAUGAUCUCCUUUCAGUACUACUCCAGGGAACAAGAUUGUGUCUUUGCACUUCUUUUCAUUACACUGUCCUCCAGUGUCUGAAUGCUCUCAAGCUUAGAGCAUGUUAUGAAGUUCUCCCUCUAUCAAUGCAGAUUAGUGCAGCUUUGGAGAGACUAACCUCUGAAAUGAAUCCGCUAAAAUUGCCUUUUGAUCCUCAAAGCCACAAAACUUACUCACCUAGAGACAGUACUCAUUGGCCCUCUCGUCCAAUGACAGUCUUCAGGUCUCUCACUGGACAAGUAUUACAUCAUCAGCUUAGCCCCGCCCCUUCUAACGAUAAUGAAUUAUAUGAUAGUCUGGAGGGAGAGGAACAGAUUGAUGCUGAAUUUCACUUGAAGUUUUCAGAAUCAACUGAGCCUCAUACCGGAUCAAAGGACUCUGAUUCAGACACUGAUUUUGAGACACUGAGACAAACUGGUAUUGAAUUAUCACCGAAUCAAAUCAACGUUGAAGUACUCAGUACUGAGGACUCUGUAUCUCCAAGUGAACUGAACAAAGAAGAGACUGUUAGUGAUCAUGAAACCCACUGCAAGUCAACUGCAGUUUGAAUGAAGCUGUUAUUAUUAUUAUUAUUAUUAUUAUUAUUAUUAUUAUUAUUAUUAUUAUUGCUAUCAUUUUACAAACAGGUCUUAAUCAUUAAUGCUAA